GAAAUAAAGAUAUGUCAUUGUAGAUUUAUUGAACAAUAUUUUUCAAAAUUCAAUUUUACUCUUAGAACAUGUCCACACCAGAUCACGUCAAACUUUCUCCCUUUUUGAAAUUACUUCGAUUCGGCCUUUUGAUAGCAGGAAUAUUUUAUGGGGCAGCAAAAUACAGAAAUUUCAAACGUGCUGUCUCUACUAAGACUAAGGAACCCGAAAUGGGAAAUGAAACAUUAAAUUUAGAAAGUGCAGCAUUUCAAGCAGAAUCUGUAACCAGUAAAAAAACUAAUAAAUCAGUAAUAAAGGAAGAUAUAAAAGAUAAUGUCGAUCAUUCUAUUGGAGUUCAAAAUAGUGUUGAAACUACAAAACAGUCUAUUAAAUCUGAAACCGUUAAAAACACGGGUCAUGACAUAUCCAAAAAGUCAUUGUUUGGUAAAGAAAAUGAUACGAAGAACAAAAAAGAAAUGAAUGCGUUGACUGAAGAGCUACAAAAUCAACAAAUAACCGGCGAAUAUCAUAUUGAAACUUUUGAAAAUAAUGUUCCUUAUGCUAUACCAGAAAAUAAAUAUGAUUCUAUUAUUAGAGUAAACUAAAUUGGUAACAUUUUCGCAAUCUCUUAAAUAAAUAUAAUCCACAGAUGUAUAGUUUUCUAUAUAUACCCAUAUACUAGGGACAUUUGGUAUUAAUGUAACAUAAGUAAAAAAAUGCACGAU